CCUAUCUAGACCGCCAGCUACCAGGCUCACUGCGUGCGAGCGUUGUACUGGUAUCCGGUGCCCGGGGCCCCGGGCACGUCUGAUGCGUCUACGCUGAAAAUCUAUACGGCAGUAAAAAGGAUAAAUACAAAUGUGUUUUUCAUGCCAUUAACUUUCUUGCAUUAGGGGGGUAGUCCGCUUGGUGCGUAAUCAGAUAUCACGCUUCCAUUGACUACUUGAGGAGCCUCAUUCAUGUAGUUUCAAGGAGAUAUCCUUUUUAUUUGGAGAGUGCUCUUAUGCUUAGGUUUCGAGCCGCCGCUGCUCUAUUCGUUGCCGUUUCGGCGAUAGUGUUCUGGAGGCAGGCUAGCGCCCUGAAAACCACUACCGGUGCUGGUUUGUCAGUCCAUGAGCUGCUGGCAACUUCGGACAUCCUUCCACAAGGUAUCCUCUACCUGCUGCCUGAGCCGUAUGCAGCCCCAACUGCCACCGAGUUGCCAUCAUCAAGCCUCGCCCUGCAAGGGCGGGGCAGCACCAUGCCGGCAAGUCUUGAGGGCUGGCAGCCAACGAUAUCAUGGACUGAAGUAAGCCCACCUCCCAGACAAAAUUCCAUCGAUGCACCUGACAGCUACCAGCUACCUACCACCCCCCUCAGCCCCCCCAGCCCCAGCCCCCCUAGUCCCAUCCCUCCCAGCCGUCCUCCAAGUCCUCAGCCCAGCCCACCGGGAAGCCCCAGCCUAAGCAUACCUACCAUGCCCUUCACAUUACUGGAAUGCUCCAGGUUCUAUGAGUUCUCCUUAGCAGGUGUCCCGGUGUUUGGCCUAAGCCCAGGUCAGCACCUAACCAUUGCGUCUCUAUCACUUUUCAUUGUGGAGAUGAGUCAACCCCUGGGCCCAGCCAACAGCAUAUCUGUCACCCAGCUGUCACCCUCUGGCCUCGUUGACGUCCCCGAUGGAGCCCUUUUGACGCUUAAGGACGUGACCCUGGUGCUUUCAUGUGACGACUUGAGUCGCUAUUUCGCAAGUCUUGCCUACUCGCCGAGGGCAUGGCCGUACAGCACGACGAUUACCGUGUACAAUGGUAGCAUGCACAUUGGAAACCUCACCACUCACGCACCGGCGGUGUUUGGAAGCGAUGAUACGUGGACUGCAGGCGGCGAGGUGCAGUGGCUUAACGUGACUCUCAGGUGUCCGGCCCCAAGCCUGCCGAAAUCGCCUGUCUGGGCAGCCGUAGUUACAGAUGAUUGGCAGCUGGACAUAACAACGGUUGAGGCGGCAAUGGCUGCAGCGGCUCCCGGAGCUCUGUUCCUAUCUCUGGCGGCUGACGUGGCGUUGCCUGCGAGUGGAAGCUGGCACCCGGUUUUGCUGGCGGAUGGAGUGCUUCUUGGUGUGAUGGGAGAUCCUGAGCAGACCACAACACUGGAUUUGGCAGGGCUAGAAAGUGCUUGGUAUACUGCUGGCUACACGCGCAUCGAACACAACGCUGACAACUACCCUGUGCUGAUACUUACAUAUGGAAGUUCGGGAGUAGCGAGCAUUUCUGAUCUGCUGCUUAUUAAUUUGCCGUACACUGUGCGUCCAACUGCUGCGGGAAGCCUUCUAGCCUUGAGCUUACAGAGCUUUGGGCUUGACAGGACACCAUAUGACUGGAGCCAACCUCAGAUCACCAUCAGGCACAGUACCCUGGUCGUACCGGAUCAGGAGAUUGCCUUCCUGGAGCGGUUAGCACGGAGCAGCGAAGGAUCUUCUCCUUCCAGAAGCGACAUUUCAUCGUUGUUCGAGGACUUUAAUGUGCAGGUUCUGGACGCUGCACCUGAAGCGCUGCUGGAGGGUCAGCUGCUAGCCUCCAAGCUUACGGUGAAGUCCCAGGUUUCCCUGGUCAAGUGCACCCUGCUAUCCGCCAGCCGCUAUGCUGCGCUGCCGGGAGCCAAACCGCUGCUCCCACAGACCCUGGUGUGGCCUCCGGAGUUGUUCCAUGGGGAUGCGGAGACGGCAGCUCAAUGGGGACCGCUGGGGAUAGCCUUUGCUACAGGCAUGCAGGACGCCCUGUCCAACCUCAACACGAUAUGCGGACCGCUGCCGAGCAAGUCCCCUAUCACAAUCAUUACACGGCGCAACGACCAGAGCAUCCCUUCGCCGACCUCUGCGGACGUCAGCGCCACUAUCAUUAAAAGCGGUGGACCGCUGGCCUCCUCCAGCGAGUGUGUCGUGGCUGGGUAUCCGCAACAACUGGGAGGCGGCCGCACGUUUGUAAACCUCAAGGGUGCCAUUGGCUAUGCGGAAAUCCAACGGCCUAUCACGCUCCGGAACCUGGUGUUGUACAACCUAGCCCCUGGAGGCAGCAGCGGCCAGCAGCUGACGGGAGUCGAAGCAGCAUGGACCAACAGCUCGCUGCCCUUGUGGUUAUUCCAGAUGGCUAGGGACCAGCAGCCACAGUCAGCCCUACUGGUGCUUGAUAACGUUACCCUCGUAAUCCCGGAGCUCGAGUGGCGAGCACUGGUUGCCGCCGUGCUGCUACAGCACAGCCAUGAGCCCAUGUCGGCUGCCUCAGAGGGGCUGCGACGGCGAGCGAUGCACUCACAAGAGCAGGAGGUACCCCAGAUGCGUCGGCAGCGGCUGAAACAGCAGCAGACGUUCCAAACAAGCAGGGGAAUGAAACAGCGCAAGGACAGGCAUAUGCUAAGGGCACAUGCUGAGGUGUCAGCUUUGGGAAAGCUUGUUAGCGGGCCAGAUUUACACGGGGUCUCAGCACCUCGUAGGUUGGCCCGUAAAUCUCCUCGACGAGCUGCGCAAGAGGCACAAGAAGCCAUUUACCCUGCAGCAUUCAGCGCUCCACCGACACUGCCACCGUCACCGGAUCUGCCACCGUCACCGGAUCUGCCACCGUCACCGGAUCUGCCACCGUCACCGGAUCUGCCACCGUCACCAGAUCUGCCACCGUCUGGGCCUCCGCCGCCCCCUGCGCCUCCUUGUGCUGAGGUUUCCCGUGCGGCAAUACUGGAGUUUGCUGCAGCUUCGCAGGUGCUGUCGUAUGACUACGGUGCUGGAGUGCUGACCUUGGCAACCGCACACCAUUAUGGCUGGAUUGGUGUCAACGUAACAGUGACGUACCGGAUGCCAACCGAUGCCCCGAGUGGUGCAAUCCUUCUGUCGUACACACCGCUUGUCCUGCCGUACCAGGAACUUGCAGAACUGGACAUCAAAGUUACUGUGGACUUCACGUCACCAUCUAGCCCGCCUGCCAUUCAUCCUGAUGAUGGAGGAGUUCCCGUAGGCGGUGGUAUUUCCAGCCCAAUGGCAUUCCCCGAGGUGUUGUCCCCACGGGCACCACCUCCUCAGCGGCUUGAAGCUACUAUCCCGGAAGAUCCCUUACACGCCAUGUCUCGACCGGCGCCAGCAACACCCCUUACAGCCAGCCCCGCAGCGUCCAGGUCUCCCAGUGGUGGUCGCCCUGCUUGGGUGGCACCUGUUGCGAGUUCCCUGUCAGGUUUUUUGGCGGUCAUGCUGCUGCUGCUGCUUGCAAUCUUCCUUCGGGCUGAGAGGAGUAAGCGGCGCCCACGUGCUACAGCUGUCACAGUGGCUGGAGCAGGUCCUGAUAAGGCCAGUGCAUGGCAUCCCAGUGUCAAAGUGAGCAUUAUUAGCAAGGAUAAGCUCGUCGCCAAGCCGUACAAUGUCAAUCUUCCCCGUGCUAAGGGUCUUCAUGUAGGCUGGGACAGCAACAGUGAGGAAGUUGAAACCAGCUUGUCCAACGCUGGUGGCGGCUGUAAAGGUGGUAAGCAAGGUCACGGCAGGGAGGUCAGUGAGGCGACGUUAGCGACAUCGAUGGCAGCCUCGGGCACUCAUGCAGAGCCAUUUGAGGCCAGUAGCAUAACAGAGACUGCUUGCAAUGGCCUUUCCAAGUACACGACAUCGUCACCAGGAGGAGUUGCCAUCCUGGCUAGUGCUCAUGCUGAAAAAUGCACCCUGAGCCCCCAUGAGGUAAACCGCCUGGUGGUGAGUCGCGUCUUGAAAGCGGCGCUGGGAAUACCAGGAGGAGCCGAGCAGCCCCAGCCACAUGAAGGCUGUGGUGAUGGCAAAGUUGCACCUCCGGGCCGCAUGAGUGCUGGUGCUUACUUUCAAACAUUGGUGGGUUACUACAGAGACCUGCAGGCCAGCCCUGACCGCAUGGCUGAGGAGGAACAGCAGGCGCAGCAGCAAAGCCUCGAGCAGGAUACUCAUGGAUGCCUCACCAGCCUGGCGCAAAGCUAUCCACUACGGAACAGUGCAAAAGCAGGCGACCAUGACCACGUGCCGCUGGCGGAUACCCCACGGACAAUGCAAGAUGCAAUAGCUGCCGUUAAGGCCGAGUUGGGGGAUCCGGACCUCCAGGUGCACUCCCUGCUGAACCGGGGGGGCUGUGGCGUGGUAUACAGCGGAUCAUGGAGGGGGCUGACGGUAGCAAUCAAGGCAAUGGUAGUAUCAGAUGCCAUCAAUGGCCAGGGCAGGCGUCGUGCAGCACUGGAAGCAGCCAUCUCCAUGUCUCUGGCACACCCCAACAUUGUUGCGACCUACACGUAUGACGUGAAGCCGUUGGUGCUUGAGGACCACCUUGAGGGAGGAGCAGCUGAUGUCUACAGACUCCACGUCGUGCAGGAGUUCUGCAACGCCGGCAACCUGCGCCAAGCACUAGGCAAAGGCAUGGCUGGCAGCAUUCGUGCUGGAGGGCUGUUCCAGGUGUUUGCACUGCGUCUGGCCCUCGACGUGGCCCUGGGCAUGCGGCACAUGCACAGCUGCCGCAUCGUGCACGGGGACCUGAAGCCAGAUAACGUACUGCUAUUGAAUGGACCACGAGCUGAUGGUCACGACCCAAUGGUUCGGCCAUGGUUGGUGCCGCAAUCUAAGCAGCUGUGUCAAGCUGUGGCAGCGGCCGCAGUGACGGGUGUGGGGGGCUUCACAGCCGCUGAGCCGUUGGACAUGGGCUCAGCUGCACAGCUGCAGUUGACGGCCAAGGUUGCGGACUUCGGCCUGAGCCUGCCGCUGCCCGAGGGAGCCACGCAUGCGUCGCAGCGCUUCCAGGGAACUCCCGCGUAUCUGGCACCGGAGGUUGCAUCUGGCGGCGAGCUAUCUCCUCGCUCGGACGCCUGGUCGUUUGGGCUGCUGCUGCUGGAGCUGUACUACGGCUGCACACUGGCAGACAUAGCAGAGGUGUCGGGAGAGGGCGCUGCAGCAGGCAGCCGUGGCCCUGGACAGCCCGGACCUUACUAUCCGGCCCUCAUCACGGAUAUGCUCUCGUCGUCUCAUCAAAUGUAUGCGGAGCUUGUGGUGUCAUGUCUUGCACGCGAUCCCCGGGCCCGCCCCAGUUUCCAGGACAUCGUCACGCAUUUGGAAGAGAUGCUGAGCGCCAGCAAGCCGAUAGUGUAGGGGAAAAUGCAUGUAGUCCUAUGGCGGGUGUCAUGUGCUCAAGUCCUUGAGAGGAGUAAACACAUGCUAAGGGAACUUAGAUCAUGUAACUGACGCACACAAUCCUGCACACGCCUGCGUUAGAAGCCAGGACGGAUUUACAGGCACUCGAAGGUGUUACUUAAUUUGGUUGCAUAGCGCAUGCUGGUAUUGUUGGAAAACAGUUUUCCCUCGGCAGGCAGAGGGUUGUUUGGCGGUUAUUAACGCACAUCGCUUAACGUUUUCAUCACAAGAAGGUUUCUGACGAGCACACCCGCAUCAUGCAUGUCAAUUGCUGUUCACAUAAGGCGGAAUCGGCUUCUGGGCACUUUGAUGUUCCCCAUUGCGGCUGUUUCUUUGCCCUAGGUUUAUUCAACUAAUAAACGGCGGCUUCACUGCAACCGCUCUCAGUGGUUUUGCUGAUGAACUGUUACCAAGGACCUACGAGAGUUGCAUUUUGACGUACGAGAGUUGCCUUUACGGCGACUCCCACAAGUACCAGCAGGUGGUGUUUUUGUUUGCCAAAUCGUCGUUAUCAUGGAUUGUGGGCACAUUGUGUCUGACCUGGGCGCAUUUUUGUAUGCCACGCAUUUCGAAGUUCCCUCCUGGCUGGCUACACACCAGAUAAAGGUGAAGCACGUGAUCCCGUACUGGUCUAUUCAGAGCAUGGAGGUGGCGUUACAUUGGUAUAGGUGUGCAUAGUGCUGGACGAAAAAGACGGCCAAUACCCCUCGUUCUUCACCUAGCAUGCGUGUAUGAUAAUUCACCGCUACCAUGAAUCCAGCACGCGUUUGGUUGGAAGCACACCAUGUUCCCCUGGCAACAGGGUGGGACGUUGCAUGUAUCAGGACACCGGUUGGCUCGCCCCGAUUAGGGGCGUAGUCUUAGCGUUCACUCAAAAUUGUCCGAGCCGAGGCGUUAUGUCCUUUUUGUACCGUGUGCAUGUCCUAUGUUUUGUCGUGCAAGAUUAUACGGCAGAUUAUACAGUGUGUCGUGUUGUUCGUUGGAGGUCAACCACCCGCUUUACUGACAGUCCUACGAAGCGCAAUAAGUUAACAGUUAGAAGACGUCCAGACUUUGUAGCUUCACCUGUUCGGUUCGGAGUGCAGGUGUCCUAAAUUGGUGAGAACGUAGUAACUAAGUGUAGUACGUGUUCUGCCCUAGCUGUCACGUCGUCCGAUGAACGGCCAGCCUAUCAACUUAAAUUCCAUUUGUAAAUUUUAGUAUGAUUGUAUCUUAUCCUUAUUGUGGGUGACCGAUUUCUCUAGGCCUUGAAGCACAUGAACCGACGACCGAGGACAUGUUGCUCAGCGCUUGCUAAUUAAUUUCGCUUUUCGUUCGUCAACCGACCCGUUUUCUUUACCUGCCUUUUUGCUUGAUUGCCUUGUUAGGUGACGCGGUGACACAUAACGAACGCAACAUACGACCUCGAACGGCACGACAACGUUCGAUCCACUAACAUCAGGAGAGGGAGAGAGAGUUCCCAUUGGCAACUUACUUAAGAUGCCUAUGUAUUAUAUGAGAAUGGCGGUUUGACUUCUGCU